UUAUCACCCACAACAAUUAAAGCACCAUUUUUAGAACAAUUCACAGAUGAUUGGACUAAACGGUGGUCACCAAGUGAAGCCACUAAGGAAACAAAGGAUGGAGGCGAAACUUUUAGUUAUGUUGGAAAGUGGAAAGUUGAAGAACCAACUGUUUUCCCGGGAAUUUUAGGGGACAAGGGAUUGAUUGUAGAUUCAAAAGCGGCUCAUCAUGCAAUAUCCGCUUCUCUUAAUAAUUCUUUGGAUAACACCAACAAUACCCUAGUAGUCCAAUAUGAAGUUAAACUUCAAAAUGGACUUGAAUGUGGCGGUGCAUAUAUGAAAUUAUUAACAGAAUCUGAGAAAGGAAUCCAUGCUGAAGAAUUUUCUGAUAAAACACCAUAUACAAUUAUGUUUGGACCUGAUAAAUGCGGUGCCACCAAUAAGGUACACUUUAUCUUCAGACACAAAAAUCCAAAGACUGGCGAAUAUGAAGAGAAGCAUAUGAANAAAAA